UAUGUCUAAAGUGUAUUUCAAUGUGUACUGUGUUUAAAGGUCAUGAAGAUCAACAUCAUACAGUGCCAAAAACAACAUAUCAGAUGCCCUCUUUACCCUAAUGUAGCAUGGCAACAGAAAAAUGUCCUGGAAUCUUUGGCACUGCAUGAUCUCGCUGCAGAAUUGCUCGAGAUGGCAUCUACACAUAGACAAAAUCAUACAUAAGACAUACAUGUGCUAGGAUUUGAUUUAUUCCCUCAAUUAGCUUUAAUUUUUCCCGCUUGGCUAAUGACUCUUUUAAACAUACAUGGGAAGGGAGAUAAUGCAUUCAUUGACCUGCAAACAGAUUGGCCGGAGUGCAGGAGGAGGAGCAAAGGAGAGAGAGAGGGAUGAACGAAUGCAGGUAGGAAGAUGCAGAGAGAGGGACGGAGCGCUGGUUGGGAUGGGAAGAGCCGGGAGAGGAGAUCUCUAAUAAUAGCACUGCAGGGAAGCAAGAGCGUGCAGAAAAAAGUGGUACAUGCAACAAAGCGAAUAAUGCAGACGCAAAGCAAUGGAAUAGUACAAUGGAGCAAGAGCGGAGAAAGUUGAAGGCACAUUCUCUGCUUUCCCCCUAAUACGAUAGAAACCGCGGAAAGGGGAAAAAGACAAAUAGGAAAUACAGGAAGAAAGAUGCUCUCAAUGCAAAGGAAUUACAGAGCAAAGACCUUGAGAAAAACCUCUCCUUAGAAAGCUUUGACCUCUGAAGUUCUUGUGUUUUUGUGAGUACAUCUGUUUAAGUUAAAUCUGACUCUUUCAAAUGGCAUCUUUGGACACGUGUUAAGUUGCAGCUUGUGUGAGUGAAACAUGCCUUCCGCUCGGCCUUCUUCUGAGAAUGCAGAGACCUGAGAGCCACGAAUCCGAGGUCCAGCGGAGCCCGUCAUUGGACAGCGCAGAGUCAGAAUUCACCCGGGCGGCCCGUCGGGGUCAGCGCCUGGCCGUGGGGGCCUUUUACGGCUCCCGGGGGUCAAAUGUCAAAGAUCAAACAGCACAGAGUGACAGAGCCUUGGUCGUGGUCCCGCCGGGGGGGAAGCCUCAGGAUAAGCGCGUAUCUGCCAGUGGGAAGUACGUUGUGUUUUACCUGGACUUGUCUUUUGUGUUGCUCCUAGAGUUUGAGAAACUGAAGAUGGCUCGUGGAUGCCUGUGCUGUGUCAAAUACAUGAUGUUCCUCUUCAACCUGCUGUUCUGGCUGUCGGGCUGUGGGUUGUUAGGUGUGGGCAUAUGGCUGUCCGUUUCUCAGGGCAGUUUUGCCACAUUCUCCCCCUCCUUCCCCUCCUUCUCAGCUGCCAAUCUGGUCAUUACCUUGGGCUCCGUCAUCAUGGUAACAGGCUUUCUUGGUUGCCUCGGUGCCAUCAAGGAGAACAAGUGCCUGUUGCUGAGUUUCUUCAUUGUUCUGUUGAUUAUUCUUCUGGCAGAGCUGAUUCUGCUCAUCCUUUUCUUUGUAUACACGGACAAGGUGAGCGAGAACGCUAAGCAGGAUCUUAAAGAUGGCCUGAGGCUCUAUAACACAGACAAUAACAUCGGUCUCCGCAACGCCUGGAACAUUAUCCAAGCUGAGUGGCAGUGUUGUGGUGUAACUGGUCACACAGACUGGCAUGAUGCCCUGCAGGAGAAAACAGUUCCAGACAGAUGCUGCCAGGAACACUACAGAGACUGCGGUCGCAAUGCCACUAACGUCUUCUGGUCACAGGGUUGCUAUGAGAAGGUUGAGGAAUGGCUGAACGACAACAAACAUUUGCUGGGAACCAUCGCGAUGUGCGUGCUGGUCUUACAGCUACUCGGGAUGGCAUUCUCCAUGACCUUGUACCAGCAAAUCCACAGGGUGGGAAAGAAGUAUGAUGCCUAAAGGAAAGCCAGUGUUGCACUACAAAAAACUCAAAGAACACCUAAUGUAUUGUUUCAAGCCCCGCUUCAUGCCAUCACAAACUAUUAUCAGUGAAAAUGAAGCUGUAGUUCUUUUUUCUAUCAGAUUUAAUUAUGUAGAACAGACUGUAGAUAUUUUUGCUUGGCUAGUGAGAGGCUAAUUUUUUUUGGCCUGAGGGCUGAGAGCUGAAAGGAAUACAUUGUGAGACGCAGUUAUGGAUGCAGCUGUUAAGCCAAACAGUCUUGGAAAUAGUCUGAUAGCGUAUGAACUGUUAAAAAAAAUGCCCACAUCAUGUAAAAUUGGAUUUGGGAUAUCUGCAAUGCUCAUAAGAGGAUACAUUCACCAUUUCUUUAUUGGACACUUGUGUACACAUAGGCCCAGUUCCCUUUGCUGAUGUAAUAUAUCAAUCACAUGCUGUAUAUAUUUCACAUUCACAUAAGAGUACUGUAUAUAUGCACACAAACA